GGAGUCAGACUUCAGCAGCUCUGAACUUGUGAGGAGACACGCAGCGGAUUAAAAACCUGCUAAUGUAGAAACUGAACUGAUUUCAUUUUCACUCCAGCACUGGGUGGUUUGAUCUGGAGCACCACAGAUAAAGGUUUGUGGAUGAUGCAGAGGCCUCUCUGUGCUUCAUCUCGUUUUUAUUUCUUGGAUCAUUGAGUCGAUCAAAUAGUAAAAAAUAGAAAAAAAAGCUGCGGGUGAAUAAGAUGAAGAAGAGGAGGCAGAAAUGCGUCUUUAUGGCAACACCUGUCGUCUGAUGGUUGGAUAACUGCUGCGCCUCUGCUGGAGAUGGAGCCGCUUGUACUCUGGGUUUACAAGAGACGAGACACGCGCGCUGUGGAUGAACGUCCGAGUGAUUUCAGAGUGAUCUCCAGGCUUCUCUUUGAGCUCAAUGACAGGGGGAUCUGACGAGGGAAGGUGGAGGGAUGGAGAAUGCCAGUCAGCUCAAACCAACGCCGGUCAUCUACGGAGAGCUGUUGAACAUCUCCACCAACGACACCCAUGCCAAUUUCACGUCGAAAGCGGAGGCGAAGGACACUAACUUGGCUUUCCAGGCGGGUCUAGCGGUGACCUUAGCCCUCAUAACUUUCGCUACGACGCUUUCGAACGCGUUCGUCAUCGCCACCAUUUACCAAUCCCGAAAAUUACACACCCCGGCAAACUUUCUGAUCGCGUCCCUGGCGGUCACGGACCUCCUGGUGUCCAUUUUGGUGAUGCCCAUCAGCGCGCUGUACACCGUGAGCCAGACCUGGACUCUGGGGCAGGUCGUCUGUGACAUCUGGCUCUCCUCGGAUAUAACGUGCUGCACCGCGUCCAUCCUCCACCUGUGCGUAAUUGCGCUGGACCGCUACUGGGCCAUCACGGACGCAGUGGAGUACUCCAAGAAGCGCACGCCGGCGCGCGCGGCCGGGAUGAUCGCCACCGCCUGGGUGAUCGCCAUCUCCAUCUCCCUGCCGCCGUUCUUCUGGCGCCAGGUGAAAGCGGAGGAGGUGACGAGCUGCAACGUGAACACCGACCACAUUUUCUACACCAUCUACUCCACCUUCGGCGCUUUCUACAUCCCCACGCUGCUGCUCAUCGCCCUGUACGGGAGGAUUUACGUGGAAGCCCGAAAGCGCAUCCUGAAGCAGUCGCACAACAAGCCGGGGAAGAGACUCACCUCGGCGCACCUGAUCACCAACUCCCCCGGCUCGGUGGCGUCCACCACCUCCCUGAACUACGGGACGAACGACACCUCCUCCUGUGACACUACCUCGUCCGCGAACGUGAGCCAAGUCAAAGUCACUGUGUCCGACGCGCUGCUGGAGAAGAAGCGGAUCUCCGCCGCCAGGGAGAGGAAGGCCACCAAAACUUUGGGAAUAAUCCUCGGAGCCUACAUCAUUUGCUGGCUCCCGUUUUUCAUUUACACUCUCCUAGUGCCUGUGUGUGAGUCCUGCUUCCACCCGGAGUUAUUUGACAUUUUCACCUGGCUGGGUUACCUCAACUCCUUAAUCAACCCCAUCAUUUACACCAUGUCCAACGAGGACUUCAAGCAGGCUUUCCACAAACUAAUACGGUUUAGAUGCUGCAGGGCAUGAACGGUGAUUACCAGCCAUGAUUACCCCCUCCUCCCCCACCCCUCCUCCAGUCAUCUAUAUAAUGCCAGAAUUGAAUCAAACCCACCACCACCCACAGAUAUUUCACUCCCCAGGUUUUCCCUGAGGGCAGCAUCACCAACAUCCACAUUGUUUCUAAUAAUGUGGCUGCAGAAUGAGCUUUGUACCUGAUAGAUGGUGAGGACUGUGGAAAUGCAUUGAGCUGCCAUCAGGUCUGCAUUGUAUUAUCUGAUGGCACUGCGCAGUAAAUGGCUGUCAGUGGAAUUUCUCUUCAGAAACACCCAGCUGCUGUUGGAUGCAGAGGAGAGAAGUGUUGGUGGAUGUUAUGAUGUGAAAGCUCUGUGACUGGUUUGCAGUUGAACCGUGUUAUUACGAUGACAUGGAGAAAGCCCAUAGCCCCGGAUGCAGCCCCCCCCUCCCCCGCCUGUACGUGCUGCACUGGACCGUAGCCUACAGACUCACUUUGCCAUAUGAGUUUGACAGUCAACAUCAGUUGGCUUGUAAGCACAAACAGCUUAAGACUAAGCUACCGUGAGCCCCAAGGGCAAAAAAUACGAUUUGUGUUUUGUUUUCCUGACUCAAUAAGGGGAAAUACUGGUGCCUACAACAAGUUUAGUUUAGUUCCUCAGACGUGCCUGGCCCAGAUGGAGAUAAAAGCAUGAUUUUAGUUUGAGAAAAAGAUCUAAAUUUGGUUUGUUCUCGUGGCCAGUGUAUGUGCUUUCUUUUCUCUUCUCGCUGUGGCUGAUGUUCACUUUAAACAAGGCUCCAAAAUGAGUGUAAAUGUUCAAAUCUGUAUGCAUCAGUGUGAUUUUUACCUUAAUUUGCUCAAAGAGUCUGGAUGGUAUCAUACUGUAAAAUAAUGCUAAGUGAUCACCUCUGAAAGAAGGAAGAGCCUUUAUUCUGUCUACCAGACCUGUUGUUAAAAGAUGCAUCCUUAAUUGUUAAUAUGAGCUUUGAUGUACCAUGUCAUAUCAGGCUGAACUAAUUCAGAUCCAAAUCUAGUUAAACUGAUAAGACUGGGUUCCUGUCGUCUCUUGGAAUUUGGCAUUCAUGUCGUCGGCACCCAGAAAAUUUGUGGAAAAUGAUAAAUAUAUAUAUAUAUUUUUUUUUUUUAACGCUCCAAAAUGUCACAGUAUUCCGAUCAAAAUCACUUUCUUUCUUCCCACCAAACCGUCACAUGUUAAAUGUCAAGCUUUAGCAGCAGCUGCUGAGCCCUUAAAAGAACAUUUCUGGGUGAAAAAAAUCAGCCUGAGAAAGACUUUGUUUACAGCUUUUAGAAAAAGAUAGAAGAACUGCAGCAACAACAACAACUAAGUACUGCUGGUCGAAAUCGUGUUAUACAUGUGCAGGGCUGUAGCUGCUGUUGAGGACACUGAGGUCAUGUCCUUGGUGUAGUUUCUGGGAAAUUAAAAACCUGAGGAGGAAUUCAUGUUCCACAGUAACACCCAAAGUUCACAUGGUGAGUCUUUUUAAGGUUGAUUCUGAGUCAAAAUUCUUAAAUUCAACAGUUUUGAGACUUUAAAUCACAUGGAAUUAAAGAGAUAUACAGAAGCAGAGUUUUUCUUUUUUUGUUUUUGGUGCCUAGCAUAAAUUAUCCCUAGUAUUUCUAAAAUCCUGGCUACAGCCCUGCAUGUGUCACUCAGAUAUUUAGGAAAUCUCAGAAGGCGAUCUCCAAAAUGUGUAGGAACCCUGUCUUAUCAAUUUUUAAGGAAUAGUUUUGACAAAUACUCAAGGUUUUGCCGAGAGUUAGACGCAACAGUCGACACCACUCUCAUCUCUGUGUUAGCACGACACUCCUGUAACACUGUUGGACCGUGGACAAAAGGGAUCAGAAUCAAUGAAACAGAUCCACUCAUUCUUUGUGAAAACCUGAUGCCUACGUUACCCACAAUGCAUUUCAACUGCCGACAGUCUGGUUGGAGAUUCAGCAGUGUUAUGCUAGUAGCAGCUGACAUAUCCUGGAGCCUGUGUUGUUCAGCAGAGAUCUAGUAAGAUCACGUCUUUCUAACCACACCAACAGAUUCUUUUAGGUUUUAAACUUCUUCAGAACCAACGUCAAAGUCACAUCACCUGAGGACGUUUAUCAGACUUAACACCGCUCCCUCUGGAGACACUAAAGGCUUUAAACUACUGUUUUCACAUAUGCAAUCGUACUCCCCAACAUCUGGAAACACAUCGGUGCAGUUCCCCUUUAAGUCAGGAGGCCAGGAGGAACAGUUAGCUCUAAAACACAGCUUCUAACACCUUUAAAGCUCGAGGUCUAACACUUCAUAUCUCCUUUGUUCAAUUCACACACAAACUGAAGUGUGAAAAGGACAUGUGGUGGGUUUAUGCAGAGAGUUAUUUGCUGGGACUCGGCUAUUUCUUGGUGAACAACUGCAAAUAGUUACACUGUGUAAUUGUUGUUUUUACAUUUCAGGUUGUGUAUGAAUGAAACAAACCUGAUGCGUGUUAACUUGUGAACUUUGGAGGGUUGAGCUGGAUCUAGGUUCAUGCUUUACAUACAGUUCAUACAUGAGAGCGGUGUCAGUGUUUUCAUCUAACUCUCAGCAAAAAGACCAAGCUGUUCCUUCAAUAAGGCUUUUUUCAUGCACUGUAAAAACAAACAUGAAAACAUGCUUGUUAGGAAAACUAAAGAGGAAAAAUUGUCCCUACAGAAGGAAGCUGCCACAAAAUGGCUGCAGAGAGCUGCACCAGUAGAAGCAGAAAGAGUCUCUGGUAUAAAAAAAAAAAAAAAAAAGAAGAGAAAAAGCGUCUUUUCGGCAGCCAUGUUGGAUGUUUGAGCCGACUUACGGCGGGGACGCUCCGUAGCUAUCCUGCUCUGUUCCAGCUCUGUGAUGAAUUGCCUCUUUGUGUACAGUAUUGAUCAGCUCGGUGUGAAACUCAUCUGGUGGCUCUGUCAAUCCAAUGGAAGUUGCAUUUCAUCCAGGUUAGCUUCUGCUGUACAACGCUUCUGCACACAUAGGCGAUGCACUGUAACUGCUCUGCUCUGGAGGAUGAAAUCCAACCCACUUGGAGCACAAAAAAGCACUGCUGCUGUUGUGAAAACUGAAAAAAAAAAUCUCAAUAAAAAGGUCUAUGGCGUCAUGAGGUUAUGACAGUUUGCCCCCAUGUUCUUAUUUUUCUAAUUGCGCACUGUAAAACAUUGUGACGAAGAAAAAGCUGACAUUUGUUUUAUCAUCGUCAGAAUCUGCUGUGGUAAUUUGGUCUGUGUGGUGAUGAUAAAACAGUUUGCAGAUAUGAGCUGCAUGGAUGUGUUAAUGUACGGUGACAGCAUAAACACUUUGUAACUUAAUUAGUCAGCUGGGAAAAUGAGGAAAAUGUAAGUUCUGAAUGUCUAACGAAGUGCACGCCUGCUUCCUGUCUGCAUUUUUCUGCUGCAUAUCUGAAUCUAUGCAUUCUUCUCCAUGAGGGGAUUAUAUGCAGCAUGUAUUGAUGUGCACAGCUCAGCAUACAUGCAGUAUAAUGAGGGUUUCUUCUCUCUGCAGUGUUAAGCCACUGUGUUACAGUGUGUGUGGAUUAAUAGCAGUUCUUGCAUAAGAGACCUUCAGGUGAUGUACAGUGUUUUAAACACAUUCACACACUAAACAGGCACUGUAAACAUCAUCACCUGAGGGUUCUUUUCCUCUGAGCCACUUCCAGAGUCCAUUCUGAUUCUCAGCAGGUUUCUGUCAUAUAAACACCAAUCAGCCACAACAUUAAACCACUGACAGGUGAAGUGAAUGACACUGAUCAUCUGGUUACAAUCCAAUGUUCUGCUGGGAAACCUUCAGUCUUCUGGAUGUUACUUUGACACGUACCAGGACUGAAACAAUGUCUGUGUGGGUAAAGUAACUUUCCUCUGUCAGUGGUUUUAAUGUUGUGGCUGAUAUUAAUCAUGGCCAAACUCACUCAGGAGGGAAUGGAGCGUUUGGUGGAGCUCUGUGUCUCAGGGUAAUAAGACAAAUCAGGCUUUGGAGCUACACACACACAUAAGGCUCUCCAGUUCAGCUACAUUACUUUCUGUCUUUAAAUCUGCCUCCAUGUCUAACCUGUCCGCUGCAGACUGGUCUCCAUCAUCAUCAUUGUUGCAUGUUGGCACAAAAAAGAUAAACAUCUAUCAAAUCUCCCUCUCAUUAGAAAGCAGCUCUUCUCAGCCUCCUCCAACAAACCCCGAGCCAAUGUCAUUCUUUCCUUUUGUCAGAAAUUAAUAUUGUCAGCUCCCUUUGAAAUCGAUCAGACCACUGUGGCCCCGUGAUUAUGGUUUCCAUGGUUUGAUGCUUGGUUAAACCAUGGCAACACAGGCUCUGCUGGAAAUGUGUCAUGCUGCAGAAGCCAAAUAAACAAACUGACUGGAAUAUAUAUGAAAGCAGAGGGGUGGUGUCACAUCGCUCUACCUGUUUCUCAAAUUAACAGGGGAUUUAUUUUAAAAUGCCACGUGCUGCUGCCGCCAUCAAGAAAAUAUACCGACUGAAUAUUUUCUUCUGCUGUUGAGGAAAAACCUGGGAACACAAACGUACGAGUCACAUUUGUGAUAUUGUCACAUUUAAUUUUCCACUUUGCAGAAAAGCAAAGCCUGUUUGAGUUUCCACAUGUAGAUGGAGCUUCGCUUCACAGUGGAAAUGUCACUCCUGAACCAGAAAAUGUCCACUUAUCCUUACAAACAGCCUCGCUCUCUUAGCUUCGCCAUCUCUCACAGCUCAUUGUCUGCAGAGCGGCAGCAGAUUUUUACCUCUCGAUGGUUUCACACGUUUCAGUUUUUGCUCCCUGGUGUUUUGGCCUUGAAAGUGGCUGUGACUACAAGCUGCAGGAUUGUUAAAACGGCUCCUCUCACCUUUUCCUCGCAUUAUGUUCAUGCUACAAAAACAUCCAAUUUAUCAAGUAAUUUUUGUCUGUUAUUCAACUCUGAAAGUCUCUGACGAACCCAUCAUAGCUCAUGGUUUGCUUAGUGUCUCCUUCAGCAGUUUAACCCCUGCAGUGUUUGCUAGCUUCCUGUUGGUGGUUGUGUUUUCUGUAACUCCUGCAUAGCUCAGAUUCUUUUAGUGAAUCAACAGAUGUGAAGUAAACUGUACUUAAACACUAUUAGAGGGUUUACAGGCGUUCACCCUCCACUACAGCCCUGCUUCUUACAGUGUUUAGGAAAUGUUUCAAAAUGACCAGAAGAGGAACUGAUCUCAUGUUCAAACUUUACAUGGACUGUGUUUUAAAUCCCUUUGUGCUGGAUACACCUCUUUAAAGUUCAUCCUCGACCUUUGAAACAGCAGCGGAUAAAAACCAUUUCAACUUAGAGAACACAAACACAAACCCUCACGGUGGAAAAUGUAAUCUGUAAAAGCUUUUCUCUGUAUAGACACAUCAUUUGUAGGAGACAGGGUUGGUUUAGAGAGACGUCGUGGUACGGCUCAAACCUUCGUCAUCAUGUUAUCGUGGUUAAAACCAAAUCUAACUGCUUGUUGGAAACAGGAAAUAAAAACAUUUUGUUGAUG